UUUGCUGUUAACUUUCUCUCAGUGAAAAUGGCUUCCAUUUCCAUAUCCGCAAGCUUCUUUUCUCGUCCUCAAGCGCAAGCUCGCUCCAAAACCCAAAAGCCCUCCCCUCAAAAGAACCCAAAUCCUAAAUUGAAGUCCAAGAAGGUUGCGAAAUUCAAGUCUUUCUCUUUAUCUCCUCCUCCUCCUUCUCCUUCUCCUUCUCCUUCUCCUUCUUCUUCUUUAGGUGCCCAAGCCACCACUUACACUCGCCUCCCUCCCAAAGAGGAUUUUGAUUUCGAUUCGGAAGUUUCCUCCUCUAGCGAAUCCGAUGAAAUCAAGCUUUCCGAUUCUGAUAUCGCAAAGAUCACCUUCAACGACUCUUCCUCUGAAAUUGAAGCUGAAAUGUUAAAUACCGAUGAUGAUGAUGAAGUAAACGAAAGUUCGGGUUUUGAGGACGAGUCCCACAAUGGGAAAAUCGCAGAUUUUUAUAAUGGUGAUGAGAGUUUAGAUUUUGAGGAAGAUGAGGAAGAGGAGGUUUAUUAUUACAACUCCGAUGGCAAACUCGUUAAUUUAUCAGAAAACGACGGUGAUGACAUGGGAUUGGAAGUCAAGGAGAAAGGAGUGCCGGCGGUUAUGCGAUGCUUUGACCGAGCAAAAAUUUACGUGAAAGCAGGGGAUGGCGGGAAUGGAGUGGUGGCGUUUCGGCGCGAAAAGUACGUGCCUUUGGGGGGACCAUCGGGAGGCGACGGAGGGAGAGGAGGGAACGUGUAUUUAGAAGUUGAUGGAGCGAUGAAUUCGCUGCUACCGUUUCGAAAUUGUGUGCAUUUUAGGGCGGGGAGAGGUGCGCACGGGCUGGGGAGGAUGAUGUGUGGAAGGAAAGGAGAGGAUGUGGUGGUGAAAGUGGCGCCGGGGACGGUGGUUAGAGAGGCGGGUAGUGAGGAGGUUUUGUUGGAGUUGUUGCAUCCGGGGCAACGGGCGUUGCUUUUGCCUGGUGGGAGAGGUGGGAGAGGGAAUGCUUCGUUUAAGUCCGGGAAUAAUAAGGUGCCUAAGAUUGCUGAGAAUGGAGAAGAGGGUCCUGAAAUGUGGCUGGAAUUGGAGCUAAAGUUGGUGGCAGAUGUUGGAAUUGUAGGUGCUCCAAAUGCUGGAAAAAGCACCCUUCUGAGCGUGAUAAGUGCUGCUCAGCCAGCAAUAGCAAACUACCCUUUUACAACUUUACUUCCCAAUCUGGGUGUAGUUUCAUUCGAUUAUGAUUCUACAAUGGUAGUUGCUGAUCUUCCUGGUUUACUUGAAGGAGCACACAGGGGUUUUGGCUUAGGUCAUGAGUUUCUGCGGCAUACUGAAAGAUGUUCAGCACUGGUACAUGUUGUUGAUGGUUCUGGACAGCAACCAGAACUUGAGUUUGAUGCUGUUCGCCUUGAGCUGGAAAUGUUUAGUCCAGAACUUUCUGAAAAGCCGUACAUAGUUGCCUACAACAAAAUGGACCUUCCAGAGGCAUAUGAGAAUUGGCAAUCAUUUAAGGAAAAGCUACAAGGUCGUGGAAUUGAAACCUUUUGCAUGAGUGCAGUAAAACAAGAGGGCACUCAUGAAGUUAUCUCUGCUGCUUACAGGCUUCUACAAAAAAAUAAAGAAUCCAAUGAGGGGUUUGAAGGUUUUCAAGAUCCAGUAGAUUUGAACCAUGUAGCUGAUAUGGUUAAUAAGCAGCGUAGCUCCUCCAUUAGUGAGUUUGAGAUCACUCAUGACAGUAGUUGCAAUACUUGGCAUGUAUUUGGAGCUGGGUUGCAACGCUUUGUUCAGAUGACAAACUGGCGAUACCUAGACUCUGAGAAAAGGUUUCAACAUGUCCUGGAGGCUUGUGGAGUGAACUGGUCUCUCAUGAAGCUUGGGGUAAAAGAAGGUGACACGGUGAUUGUUGGAGAGAUGGAGAUGGUGUGGCAUGAUUCUGCUGAGAAUUCUGGUACAGCAAACAUGAAGAAGAGAUCAACAGAGUCAAUAAAAUGGCCUCAGUGGAAGUAACUGGCUUCUGUAAAUUUUGUCUGUGAGCUGCCAUAUUAGGAGGUCGGCCAAGAUAAAGCCAAGAACCUCUCCCUUCAUCGAAGAGGUAGGAACCGCUGCCUGAAUUACAAAUAAGCAAGGCAAUUAUAUGCAAGCAGAUCAUAAAGGUGCCGUAAAUUCAUGAGAGAUAACAUGGAUCUUGAUUAAAUAUUCUCGGAUUGACGCAAUAACCAAACCAUGGAUUUGAGCAUGCAUGAUGCUAUUGUUGGUUCAACACAUUCGCGUGCUUCACAUUGGUGCGAAAGCACAGGCAAGUUCUUGUCCAAUUCCUUGUAUAAGGGCAACCAUUGUCGAAGUAACUCAUGUAUAAUAUUCCAAUGAAGUUUCAAACUUACACCAGUCACGAUAGGGAGCAUUUAUGCCUCAGAAUAUCCAAGUUCUGCAUCCAAUUCCUUUCAUUUUGUGAUAGAAGUUGCAAUGCAAGCAAUUUUUACAAGGAAGAAAACUGUAAAUUUGGUUUCAUCAGGAUCAUAUAUCAUGUGCAAAAAGCAGAAUUAAAUAGCCAAAUUUGAGUUAUAAAUAGUUUAUAUAGUUUGGGUUUUGACCCCAA